UGUGUUAGUGUUAGAUACGUACGUACUGUAAAGAACAUUGCAGGCCUCAACUUUGUAAUUUUUUACGUAAAAAAAAUGAGAACCAUAUGUAAUGCUGAAGAGGCUUGGAAACUUUUAAAUGGUAUAUUUUGCAUUUACAAACCAGCUGGACUAAGUGUAUACAAAGUCAGGGAAGUUUUGAUUGGAAAUAUUGUAAGAGACUUGAAUUUGAUGAAUGUACGACCACCUCGUGAUUAUGUAAAAAUUGAAGGUUCAGUAGCUAGUGGGAAAGCACUAACUAUAUCAACAGUUCCAAAUUAUGCAGACCAUAUGUUAGUUACAGGCCCAAGAUAUCAGCCACAAGAUGUUCGCCUAACUUGGAUUACAUUUCUUGGAUGGUCUGUUUCUGGAGUUCUUGUAAUGGCAGUGAACAGAGGAAACAGACUAUUAUUUAAGUAUCGAGAAAGUAAACAUUUACAUAGUUUUGAAUUGAAGGGAAAAUUUGGUUUAGCAACUGACAAUUUCAUGGUGGAUGGUAGAAUUGUAGAAAAGGCUACAUACGAUCACAUUAACGAGUGGAAGAUCAACAAAGUGUUGGCAGCCGUACAAGCUUCUCACCAGGCUCAGAUGUUUAAGUAAGUAGAUCGUGGAUUAGGCUAUUAAUACGACGAUUUCUGUGGGAG